UUUUUUUUCUUUUCUUCUUCUUCUUCACUUGCUUAUAAUAAUUUGUUACAAUGACGAAAAUCCCAAAGCUCAUUACUAUUGCUCACAAAUGCUUCAGACGUGAAAAAAAAAUUCUACGUGUCAAAAACUUCGACAGCAUUUGGACAAGCACAACAUACAAUUUCCACCGAUGUCAAGAGGGUUAAGACGAAGCAAUAGCGAUAACUACAUGUCUGUAAAGUCAGCAGGCCGCCACAAUACCAUUGAGAUACAUUCCGGUUGUCCAGCAUGCAUUAUGCAUUUCAGGGGCGUCGAAGUAAUGGAGAUCCAUUCUUACACAAACCAUCAAGUGUAUUUUUAGAUCAAACAUAGGCAAUGUCUCAACACCAAAGUAGCAGUACUCAUCAAGAUCGAAGAGUGUUAAUACGAAGAAGAGUAUGAAAAACAAGUCAAUAGAUGAAUCGUCUCUUUCUUUCCUGCCACCCACUGACGAUGGGCAUUUUAUGGCUAGUAACUUCGAUGUGACAAACGCGCUUUAUCUGUUGCAACGACCGAUAUUACAACAAAAAUGGAAACCCUCACUUAAAGAUCAUGCGCAAUGACGAUCAGUUCCAUUCUACUUUUAACACCAGACAUCUUCCUUGAUGAAUUAUCAUUCUUUUUCAGCAAGAUAAUAUCAUGGCAGUCAUCGAUAGGAUUGAUUUAAUCUAUAACAUUAAAAAAUAUCACUUGCGUAUAG